AUGCUGCGUGGGGUGACGACAGUUCAGAGAAGGGAGAGGCCAGCGGUCAUGCUCGCCUGCCUUCUCUUAGCCACAGCAGGCUCCUUGGCAGACUUGAAUGAGGUCCCCCAGGUCACUGUCCAGCCCGCUUCCAGCGUCCAGAAGCUUGGGGGAACUGUGAUCCUGGGCUGUGCAGUGGAGCCCCCAUGGAUGGACAUCACCUGGCGCCUGAAUGGGAAGGAGCUGAACAGCUCAGAUGAUGCUCUGGGGGUCCUCAUCACCCGCGGAACCCUCGUCAUCACUGCCCUCAACAACCACACCGUGGGACGGUACCAGUGUGUGGCCCGGAUGCCUGCAGGGGCUGUGGCAAGCGUGCCAGCCACUGUGACACUAGCCAACCUCCAGGAUUUCAAGUUAGACGUGCAGCACGUGAUUGAGGUGGACGAGGGAAACACGGCGGUCAUUGCUUGCCAUCUGCCAGAGAGCCACCCGAAGGCCCAGGUCAGAUACAGCAUCAAACAGGAGUGGCUGGAGGCCUCUCGAGAUAACUACCUGAUCAUGCCGUCGGGGAACCUCCAGAUCGUGAACGCCAGCCAGGAGGAUGAGGGCAUGUACAAAUGUGCAGCCUACAACCCAGUGACCCAGGAAGUGAAGACCUCUGGCUCCAGCGACAGGCUGCGUGUGCGCCGCUCCACCGCAGAGGCUGCCCGCAUCAUCUAUCCCCCGGAGGCCCAGACCAUCAUUGUCACCAAAGGGCAGAGUCUCAUCCUGGAGUGUGUGGCCAGUGGGAUCCCGCCCCCGCGGGUCACCUGGGCCAAGGAUGGGUCCAGCGUUGCUGGCUACAACAAAACACGUUUCCUGCUGAGCAACCUGCUCAUCGACAUCACCAGUGAGGAGGACUCGGGGACCUACUGCUGCAUGGCCGACAACGGGGUGGGGGAGCCCGGGGCAGCGGUCAUCCUCUACAACGUCCAGGUGUUUGAACCUCCUGAGGUCACCAUGGAGCUGUCCCAGCUGGUCAUCCCAUGGGGCCAGAGCGCCAAGCUCACCUGUGAGGUGCGCGGGAACCCCCCACCCUCCGUGCUGUGGCUGAGGAAUGCUGUGCCCCUCACCUCCAGCCAGCGCCUCCGCCUGUCCCGCAGGGCCCUGCGCAUGGUCAGUGUGGGGCCUGAGGACGAAGGCGUCUACCAGUGCAUGGCCGAGAACGAAGUCGGGAGUGCCCACGCCGUGGUCCAGCUGAGGACCGCCAGGCCCGGCACAACCCUGAGGCCGUGGCGAGAUGCUAAGCUGGAUGUGGCCACACCUCCCGCGCCACCUUCCAGACCUAGCAGCCCUGACCAGAUGCUGAGGGGGCACACGGGGCUCCCGCGGCCCCCAAUGUCAGUGCAGUCUGCUUCCCCACCGUGCCUGGGAGAGAAGGGCCAUGUGGCUCCUGCUGAGGCCCCCGUCAUCCUCAGCUCGCCCCGGACGUCCAAGACUGACUCGUAUGAGCUGGUGUGGAGGCCUCGGCAUGAAGGUGGUGGCCGGGCACCCAUCCUCUACUACGUGGUCAAACACCGCAAGGUGACAAAUACCUCUGAUGAUUGGACCAUCUCCGGCAUUCCAGCCAGCCAGCACCACCUGAUCCUCAACAGACUCGACCCCGGGAGCUUGUAUGAAGUGGAAAUGGCUGCUUACAACUGUGUGGGCGAGGGCCAGACGGCCAUGGUCACCUUCCGAACUGGGCGGCGGCCCAAACCCGAGAUCGUGGCCAGCAAGGAGGAGCAGAUCCAGAGAGAUGACCCUGGAGCCAGCCCCCAGAGUAGCAGCCAGCCAGACCACGGCCGCCUCUCCCCCCCCGAAGCCCCAGACAGGCCCACCAUCUCCACGGCCUCUGAGACGUCCGUGUACGUGACCUGGAUUCCCCGUGGGAACGGUGGGUUCCCGAUCCAGUCCUUCCGUGUGGAGUACAAGAAGCUGAAGAAAGUGGGUGACUGGGUUCUGGCCACCAGUGCCAUCCCACCCUCACGGCUCUCCGUGGAGAUCACAGGCCUAGAGAAAGGCACCUCCUAUAAGUUCCGAGUCCGUGCCCUGAACAUGCUGGGGGAGAGUGAGCCCAGCGCCCCCUCCCGGCCAUACGUGGUGUCAGGCUACAGUGGCCGCAUGUACGAGAGGCCCGUGGCAGGCCCCUACAUCACCUUCACGGACGCGGUCAAUGAGACCACCAUCAUGCUCAAGUGGAUGUAUAUUCCAGCAAGUAACAACAACACCCCAAUCCAUGGCUUUUAUAUCUACUACAGACCCACAGACAGUGACAAUGAUAGUGACUACAAGAAGGAUAUGGUGGAAGGGGACAGGUACUGGCACUCCAUCAGCCACCUGCAGCCAGAGACCUCCUACGACAUUAAGAUGCAGUGCUUCAAUGAAGGAGGCGAGAGCGAGUUCAGCAAUGUGAUGAUCUGUGAGACCAAAGCUCGCAAGUCUUCUGGUCAGCCUGGUCGCCCCCCACCCCCAACACUGGCCCCACCGCAGCCGCCACCCCCUGAGACCCUAGAGCGGCCUAUGGGCACUGGGGCCGUGGCGGCGCGCUCCAGUGACCUGCCCUAUCUGAUUGUUGGCGUCGUCCUGGGCUCGGUUGUCCUCAUCAUCGUUGCCUUCAUCCCCUUCUGCUUGUGGAGGGCCUGGUCUAAGCAAAAACAUACUACAGACCUGGGUUUUCCUCGCAGUGCCUUUCUAUCUUCCUCCUGCCAAUAUACCAUGGUACCUCUGGGAGGACUCUCAGGCCGCCGAGACAGUGGGCAGCCCUACCUCAGCGGCAUCAGUGGACCGGCCUGUGCCAACGGGGUGCAUGUGAACAGGGGCUGCCCCGCAGCUGCAAUGGGCUACCCAGGCCUGGAACCUCAGCGGCACUGCCCAAGGAAGCUUCAGCAGCAGGAUGACACCAACAGCCUGCUGAGGCAGACCAUUCCUGGUGGUGGAUAUGACCCCCCAAGUCACCAGAUGACCAGGCCGAUGCAGCACGUGCACCGACUGCCCACAGGCCUGGACUUCGUGUCCUCUCACAGGCUCAGGGCUUGCAUGGCGACUCCCACGCCUAGCCCGGACUCAGCUCACCAGUUGCUCCAGCGGCAGCCUGCUGCCACUGAGGGCCAGUCGGGAAGGAGGAGUGCCGCAGGGAGCCCUGGGGUGGAGCCAGCGUGGGACCCUCUGUCUCACUCAGGUCCCCCCUGCUGCCUGGGCCUCAUACCGGUUGAAGAGGUGGACAGUCAUGACUCCUGCCGAGUGGGUGGAAGAGACUGGUGCCCGCAGCACCCCAUGGGGGCCUACAUAGGACAGGAACCCGGGAUGCGGCUCUCCCCUGGCCCACCAAUGCAUGUGUCUUUUGAAACACCGCCCCCCACAAUUUAG